CACAAUUUGUUUUCCCUCAACCAAUUUAAUUACACUUUCUUUGUGUUCAAGAACACUAAAAAUAAAAGGUUUAUAAAAUGGUUGGGGCGGCGAAUGGUGGUAGAAUACCACCACGGCAGAUUUUUUCCGUUGUUAAUGGCGGUCAAGAUCCUGUUAUCCGGGUCGGGCCAACAAGCAAUGCGGGUUCGGAUUGUGGAGCGAUUGAAUUCACUAGAGAAGACGUUGAAUCAUUGUUGCAUGAGAAAAUCAGAACAAAGAAUAAGUUCAGUCUAAAGGAGAAAUGUGAUUCGAUGAUGGAGUAUAUAAAACGACUCAGAAUAUGUAUCAAAUGGUUUCAAGAACUUGAAGAGAAUCUUUUGUUAGAGCAAGAAAAGAAUGGGAAGAUGCUGGAAUCUGCAAUAAAUAGAUGCAACGAUAUGGAAUUGCUAAUGAGCGAAAAGGAAGAAGAACUGAAUUCGGUAAUCAUGGAGUUGAGAAGGAAUUACACAGCGCUACAAGAGAAAUUCGCAAAAGAAGAAUCAGAUAAAUCGGUGGCAAUGGAAACAUUAACAAAGGAGAAAGAAGCUAGAUUGUAUGCAGAGAGAUCACAAACUUCAAUCAAGGAAGAACUCGAAAGAGCUCAACGAGAAAGUAAAAGUGCUAAUCAAAAGAUAUUAUCACUCAAUGAUAUGUAUAAGAGGCUGCAAGAAUAUAACACGAGCUUACAACAAUACAAUAGUAAGCUUCAAUCUGAGCUUAAUCAAACGAAUGAAAUCCUCAAGAAUGUUGAGAAGGAGAAGGUUGCAAUGUUGGAGAAUGUUAGCAACUUACGAGGCCAUUGCACUUCUUUGCAAGAUCAGUUGAAUGCUACAAAAGCAAAUACUAACGAGACAUUGAAGCAAAAAGAAGAUUUGGCAAGUGAAGUAGGGCGCCUAAGAUUGGAUUUACAACAAGUGAGAGAUGACCGUGAUCGCCAGCUGUCAAAAGUAGAAGAUUUAUCCAAAGAAGUUUCAAAAUAUAAAGAAUGGAGUGGGAAAUCAUCGGAUGAAAUAGAAAACCUUACCUCAAGUUUAUUAUCUUCACAAGCCAUUUGUUCCUCACAAAGUGAUCAAAUAAAGAAAUUGCAACAAAAACUUACUGCAGCAGAAAGUAAAUUAGAGAUGUCUGAUGUAUCGGCAUUUGAGAUAAGAACGGGUUAUGAAGAACAAAAGAAAAUUAACUCCGACUUACAACUUCGUUUAGCUGAGGCAGAAUUGAAACAUUAUGAAGGAGAACUCUUGCGUAAAAAAUUGCAUAACACAAUUUUAGAAUUGAAAGGAAACAUACGAGUUUUUUGUAGGGUGAGACCUUUGUUGUGUGAUGAUGAUGGUGACAAUGAGACAAAGACGGUUUCUUUUCCUACAACAACCGAAGGUCUUGGCCGAGGCGUUGAGUUAUUGCAAAAUGGGAAAAAACAUUCUUUUAGUUUUGACAAUGUAUUUGUGCCCGAAUCGACACAAGAGGAGGUGUUCGAGGAGGUCUCGCAGCUUGUGCAAAGUGCACUCGAUGGUUAUAAGGUUUGUAUCUUUGCUUAUGGCCAAACGGGGUCCGGAAAAACUCAUACAAUGAUGGGUACACCGGGAAACCAUGAUGAAAAAGGAUUAAUACCGCGAUCUUUGGAACAAAUAUUCGAGUCCCGAGAAACACUUCAAAACCAAGAGUGGAAGUAUGAAAUGCAGGUUUCGAUGUUGGAAAUAUACAAUGACACUAUACGCGAUUUGUUGUCAACAAACCGAAAUUGUUCAAAUGAGUCGGGCAAGUAUGCAAUUAAACAUGAUCCGAAUGGCAAUACACAUGUCUCUGAUUUGACCAUUGUGGAUGUCCGUAGCAGUCGAGAAGUUUCAUUUUUGUUAAACCGUGCUGCACAAGCCAGGUCCGUGGGUAAGACUCAAAUGAAUGAACAAUCGUCGAGAAGUCAUUUUGUGUUCACUUUGAGGAUAUCAGGUGUUAAUGAGAACACGGGACAACAAGUGAAAGGUGUUCUUAACCUAAUCGAUCUUGCGGGUAGUGAACGUCUUUCCAAAAGUGAAUCAACUGGAGUUCGAUUAACAGAAACUCAAUACAUCAACAAAAGUUUGUCGUGUUUAAGUACUGUUAUAUUUGCAUUAGCAAAGAAGGAAGAACAUGUGCCUUUUAGGAACUCCAAGCUUACGUAUCUCCUCCAGCCUUGCUUAGGUGGGGAUUCGAAGACUUUGAUGGUGGUGAAUGUUUCUCCGGCAGCUAGCUCAGCCAAUGAGUCACUUUGCUCUCUCCGGUUUGCCGCCAGAGUCAAUGCUUGUGAGAUUGGAACACCUCGCCGGCAAACCUCUUUCCGGCAGGUGGAUGGUCGCCUCAGCUAUGGCUAAUGACGAGGCAAAAAUCGUAAUUAUCAAACCUAAUUGAAUUUUCGAAACCCUAACAAGUUUGUUUGCAAUCGAUGUGUAUAUCAGAAGAUUGAAGAAAAGUAGUUAGCUUGAAUGAACGGAAUUUGAUUGAAUAGAUUUUUGGACAUGUAUUUUUGUAGUUUCAUUUGCAAGAUGUUUCUAUAUGUUUGUGUUUAUUCUUGAUUUACUAUCGUUAAUGCGUAC